CCCCCGCAGUCCCUGGCCCUCAUGGCGGGUGAACCCGUGGGGCUGAGCUGCGCCCUCUCGGUGCCCCCCGAGCCCCUGGAGCUGCCCCUGGCCUCGGACCCACGGCGCUCGGUCACCAUCCCCCCCCCCGCGGCCCACACCGGGCCCAGCCCCCUCCGCAUGAGGCUGCUCUCGCACCGCCUGCGCCAGGGGCAGGACAGCGCCGCCCUCAGCGCCCUCAGCACGGAUCCCCCUUUCCUUGGGGGCGCCCUCCACGCCGUGGGGGGUUGGGUUGGGGGAUGGGUGGGUGGGGGGGGGGCGGCGCCGCCCCUCCCCCCCUCCCCCUGGCUCGUGGUGCACGUGCACGGCGGCGGCUUCGUGGCGCAGACGUCGCGCUCGCACGAGCUCUACCUGCGGGGCUGGGCCCGCGCCCUCCGCGCCCCAUUGCUCGCCCUCGAUUACGGCCUGGCCCCAGAGAGCCCCUUCCCUAGGGGGGUGGAGGACGUCUUCUAUGGGUACUGCUGGGCCCUGAGGAACUGCGGGCUGCUGGGCUCCACCGCGGAGCGUGUCUGCCUGACCGGGGACAGCGCCGGCGGGAACCUGGCGCUGGCGGUGGCGCUGCGCGCAUGCGCCGUGGGCGUGCGCGCUCCCGCGGGUCUCGUGACCGCGUACCCCGUGACCUUGGUGCGCGCGGCCGCGUCCCCCUCGCGGCUGCUGACGCUGCUGGACCCGCUCCUGCCGCUGGGGGUGCUGGGGAGGGUCUGAGCCGGGGCCCGAUCCUGAGCCCGCCCCUCCCCCCCCGGAGCCGUCGCGGUCGCUGCUGCAGGAGCUCCGGCAGGGGGCGCUCUCGUGGC